AUGGCCUUUCCAUCAGAUUUCAGCGAGGACCAGAUUGUGUCGUUCCUCGAACACAUUGGUCUUUCCUCGUUGCUCCAGCAGCAGAGGUUCUCAGGCAAUGCCACUCAGGAUCUUCAUUUCCUCCAACAGUUGCAUGUACAUACUAUCGCUGCGAUUCCAUACGAAAAUCUUUGGCUCCACUACAACCCUACUCACACGAACAACAUCAAGCCGCAGGAUACGUUCAACAGCGUCAUCACCGAUAGGCGUGGGCGCGGCGGCUACUGUUUCCAGGUAUCAAUCUUCUUUAACCACAUGCUGCGUGGACUAGGCUUCCCAGCCUAUCUCGCUCCCGUGAGAAGCAGGCACCGUCUAGAUGGUGUCCCAGAGGGUGGCUACAGCGGCUGGGUGCACCUCGUCAAUCUUGUCAGCUUAGCGGACGGCACAAAAUGGGCCCUCGACGUUGGUUUUGGCGGCGACGGUCCUACGGCGCCCAUGCAGCUCGUUCAUGAUUGUCCAAAGACAAAUUUAGGAAGACAGGAGAUUCGGCUCUGGCAUGACUGGAUUCCUGCACAGUUGCACCGGACGGAUGGGACAAAGCUCUGGAUCUACCAGUACCGCAAUGGCCCUGAGCAUGCGUGGAAUUCGUUCUACGCGUUCGCUGAGGAAGAAGCCAUAGAGGCAGAUUUUCACAAUAUUAAUUGGUAUACUGGCUCGCACCCGGAGAGCUCUUCCAGACGUUCACUUGUAUCAUUGUAA